CCGGGUCCCCCCGAGGGCGAGCCCGACUGCCAGAGCCCGGGAGAUGGAAACUCGCGAGAAAACAGCCCGUUUAUCAACCAUGUGGAGAUGGAGCCGGAGAGCUUCUUUGAAGGAAAGAACAUGGCGCUUUUUGAGGAGGAGAUGGACAGCAACCCCAUGGUGUCGUCCUUGCUCAACAAGCUGGCCAACUACACCAACCUGAGCCAGGGCGCAGCCGAACACGAGGAGGACGAUGACAGCAAGAGGCGGGAGGUCAAGAGCCCGCGCAUGGGCACCUUCAUUGGCGUCUACCUGCCCUGCCUCCAGAACAUUCUCGGCGUGAUCCUCUUCUUGCGCCUGACGUGGAUUGUGGGGGCAGCUGGCGUCCUGGAGUCCUUCCUCAUCGUGUUCAUGUGCUGCACCUGCACGAUGCUGACCGCCAUCUCCAUGAGCGCCAUCGCCACCAACGGUGUGGUCCCAGCCGGCGGCUCCUACUACAUGAUCUCGAGGUCUCUGGGCCCUGAGUUCGGAGGGGCCGUGGGCCUCUGCUUCUACCUGGGCACCACCUUCGCCGGGGCCAUGUAUAUCCUGGGGACCAUUGAGAUCUUUUUGACCUACAUCUCCCCCAGCGCGGCCAUCAUCCAGGCAGAGGCGGCGGGCGGUGAGGCCGUGGCCAUGCUGCACAACAUGCGUGUGUACGGGACCUGCACGCUGCUGCUCAUGGCCAUGGUGGUCUUCGUGGGCGUCAAGUACGUCAACAAGCUGGCCCUGGUGUUCCUGGCCUGCGUGGUGCUGUCCAUCCUCGCCAUCUACGCCGGUGUCAUCAAGUCUGCCUUUGACCCGCCAGACAUCCCGGUCUGCCUGCUGGGGAACCGCACCUUGGCGAGACGCGGCUUUGACAUCUGCGCCAAGGUCCACGCCGCAGACAACGGCACGACGCCCACGGCGCUCUGGGGCCUCUUCUGCAACAGCUCCAUGCCCAACGCCACCUGUGACGAGUACUUCGCCCAGAACAACGUCACGGAGAUCCAGGGUAUCCCCGGCGUGGUCAGUGGCGUCCUCCUGGAUAACCUGUGGAGCGCGUAUGCAGACAAGGGGGCGUUUGUGGAGAGGAAGGGCACGCCGUCGGUCCCCGUGCCGGAGGAGACCGGAGCCAGCGGCCUGCCCUACGUCCUCACGGACAUCAUGACCUGCUUCACCAUGCUGGUCGGCAUCUACUUCCCAUCAGUGACGGGUAUCAUGGCAGGCUCGAACCGGUCUGGGGACCUCAGGGACGCCCAGAAGUCCAUCCCCACGGGGACCAUUUUGGCCAUCGUGACGACGUCUUUUAUCUACCUGUCCUGCAUCGUGCUCUUCGGGGCCUGCAUCGAGGGAGUGAUCCUGCGAGACAAGUUUGGGGAGGCCCUGCAGGGGAAGCUGGUCAUCGGCAUGCUGGCCUGGCCGUCCCCCUGGGUCAUCGUCAUCGGCUCCUUCUUCUCCACCUGCGGUGCGGGUCUGCAGAGCCUCACGGGCGCACCGCGGCUGCUGCAGGCCAUCGCCCGCGACGGCAUCGUCCCCUUCCUGCGGGUGUUUGGUCACGGGAAGUCCAACGGGGAGCCCACAUGGGCCCUGCUGCUCACGGCCCUCAUCUGCGAGACUGGCAUCCUCAUUGCCUCCCUGGACAGCGUGGCCCCCAUCCUCUCCAUGUUCUUCCUCAUGUGCUACCUGUUCGUGAACCUGGCGUGUGCCGUGCAGACCCUGCUGCGGACGCCCAACUGGCGCCCCCGGUUCAAGUACUACCACUGGGCGCUGUCCUUCCUGGGCAUGAGCCUGUGCCUUGCCCUGAUGUUCAUCUGCUCCUGGUACUACGCCCUGUCCGCCAUGCUGGUCGCCGGCUGCAUCUACAAGUACAUCGAGUACCGCGGGGCCGAGAAGGAGUGGGGUGACGGCAUCAGGGGGCUGUCUCUGAACGCUGCCCGGUACGCCCUGCUGCGUGUGGAGCACGGCCCGCCCCACACCAAGAACUGGAGGCCGCAGGUGCUGGUCAUGCUGAGCCUGGAUGAGGAGCAGUGCGUGAAGCACCCUCGCCUGCUGUCCCUCACCACCCAGCUCAAGGCCGGCAAGGGCCUGACCAUCGUGGGCGCCGUGCUGGAGGGCACCUACCUGGACAAGCACGUGGAGGCCCAGCGGGCCGAGGAGAACAUCCGGGCGCUGAUGAGCACAGAGAAGACCAAGGGCUUCUGCCAGCUGGUGGUGUCCUCCAACCUGCGCGAUGGCAUGUCCCACCUGAUCCAGGCAGCCGGCCUGGGGGGCAUGAAGCACAACACGGUGCUCAUGGCCUGGCCCGAGUCCUGGAAGCGGGAGGACAACACCUUCUCCUGGAAGAACUUCGUCGAGACCGUCCGAGACACCACGGCGGCACAGCAGGCCCUGCUGGUGGCCAAGAAUGUGGACCUGUUCCCGCAAAGCCAGGAGCGAUUCAGCGAUGGGGACAUCGACGUGUGGUGGGUCGUGCACGACGGGGGCCUGCUCAUGCUGCUGCCCUUCCUGCUGCGGCAGCACAAGGUGUGGAGGAAGUGCCGCAUGCGCAUCUUCACGGUGGCCCAGGUGGACGACAACAGCAUCCAGAUGAAGAAGGACCUGCAGGUGUUCCUGUACCACCUGCGCAUCAGCGCCGAGGUGGAGGUGGUUGAGAUGGUGGAAAACGACAUCUCGGCGUUCACGUAUGAGAAGACGCUCAUGAUGGAGCAGAGGUCCCAGAUGCUGAAGCAGAUGCAGCUGUCCAAGACGGAGCGGGAGAGAGAGGCUCAGCUCAUCCAUGAUAGGAACACCGCGUCCCGUUCUGGAGUGGCCACCAGGGCCCAGGCCCCAGCCCCGCUGGACAAAGUGCAGAUGACCUGGACCAAGGAGAAGCUGAUCGCCGAGAAGCUUAAGAACAAGGAGCCAGGCAUGUCUGGAUUCAAAGACCUCUUCAGCCUGAAGCCAGAAUGGGGAAAUCUGAACCAGUCCAACGUCCGGAGGAUGCACACGGCCGUGAAGCUCAACGGCGUCGUCCUCAGCAGGUCCCGCGACGCCCAGCUGGUCCUGCUCAACAUGCCGGGGCCCCCCAGAAACCGGCAGGGGGACGAGAACUAUAUGGAGUUCCUGGAGGUCCUGACCGAGGGGCUCAACAGGGUCCUCCUGGUCAGGGGCAGCGGCCGGGAGGUGGUCACCAUCUACUCCUGACGUGCGGCCACCCAGGAACACGCUGGGCAGGCUGGGAAGCCUGCCCCGUGUGGCUUCGUACGGAAGUUUCCAGAACAGCCCCACAGCACUCCUCUCCAGGCCCGGAGCCAGCACGCAGCUGCCGAGGUUUCCUCGUGUGGAGGGGAGACGUGGAUGCUCCAGGGGACCUGGGAUGCAGCCCUCCGUCCCCUGACCUCCUGACCUCUGCGCUCAGGCUGGGCUCCAGACGUGGAUUCCUUGGCCAGCGCCACCUGGUCGUCAUGGUUACGUUUUAGUUCUGUCCCAUCCAAGACGCUCACCGGAAACCAUGUUCGUCGCCUUUGGGCAGCGGGGGGUCUGUUCCGGAAGGUGGCCACGGGUUCUUGGUCCGCCUCCUCAGCGCCUGUCCCUGUAGCGUCCCUGUUCGUGUCCGUCAGUUCAGUCUGAGAAGAGCCAUCGCCGCCUACGCCCCAGGCUCAGCCAGGCGGCCUCAGCGUGCCCGCCCAGUAUGGCGCAUCGAGAAAGGGGAGCCCCGGGGAGCGCACGGUGGGCGUCCCGGGUGGGCGUGUGGUGGGCUCCAGGAGAGCGGCUCCGGGCUGGGGGUGCGGCCCGGACGCAGCUGGGCCUUGCGCGGGCCCAGGAGUGGUGCUCGCGAGGCCGCACCGCAUGGACCCUACACGUGCCCGCCCGUGGGGCUGUCACAUGCCAGGCUCCCAGGAAGGGGCCGGGGCAGAGUUAGGUCCGGGGGUGGUGGCACUGAGCCGCGUGUCCCCUCCCGCCAGCUUGGAGGGGACGGUGACGGCCGGGCGUGGGGCUCUGGGCCGCCUUCCGAUGGUCUGUGCGCUCGGGUCCCGACCGUGGGGCCAUGGGCCGCCACACUGACCUGGGCCUGCUGUCUGGACCGCUUGCUUAUUUAUUUAAGCCCGUGGGGAGUUGAUAGUUUAGGUGGCCGUAAAGAAAUUGUUCUGCAAACGAGCCCCAGGUGGCCGGGUCCUUGACUUCCUCUGGCUUCCUCGGACCCUUGAGCCACGAUCUGAAUCUGGCACAGGCUGGGCUUCUGGGGCGUGCGGGGCACACAGGGCCCGCGUCACGGGGGGGGGGGGGGGGGGGGCUCUGGCCAGAGUGUGUGCCAAACAGUCACAACUGGGCGUGGGGUGUCCACACCUGCCCGCUGUGGUUCUGCACUGAGUUAGGUGGUGAGACCCCCCUGCGUGGCACUCGGGUGUCUGGUGGGGGGCGUCCCUGGGGCCCCUUUGCCCAGAGGUGGCGGGGGAAGAGCCGCUGAGUCAGCAGGGCCGCCCUGGACCCGCACCCUGCAUUCAUGGGGCAGAACUGUGAGCUGCGCCCGCGCACAGCCUCGGGGGCCCCUCACCGCAGCCACUCGGAGUUGGUUCCGUGGUUUUCUCUUACAGCUUCCUUUGUAGGAUUGUGUCGGUAGAAGAAUAAAUUGUAUAAAGUCAAGCACA